UCAGAUUAUAAAACUGUACGAAGUUCUGCCAAGGAUGCACUUAACAGGGUUGAACAGAUAGCUGCAUCAUCAUUUGAAACAUUAUCGAUUUUAAUACGACGCAUUAGCUUAACAAUAAUUAAUAGAGAUUUGGUUCCUUUGCUUAUGAACAAAAUUAAAUCUGAUGGUGAACAAAAUGCUCACUCAAUCGCUUAUGAGCUGUUUACGGAAAUCUCAUCCCGAUUUCCGGUUAUAUUUCGAUCACAUCUUGAAAAACUAACUAUGCUUCUUAAGGAAGAGGACGAAAGCGCAAUGAUCGUCGAGAACAGCUUAGAGGCACUUUCUAAAUUCGCAAAGACUUUUCCCGAUGAAGUACCUCAUGAUAGAGAAACUAUACAGCGCUAUAUACAAUUUGCAUUAAAUGGGUCUUCACGACAAGCUAAAUUUGCGUCUAUAAUCCUCAUUCAUGUUCAGAAGCAACUAAUAUGCAACGAUUUAUUUAACGCUAUUGUUGUAGACAAAACCAUAUGGGUUGAUGAUGAUGAACUCGAUGAUGAGUGUAAAGCAAAGGUUUUAGGCAUAAAAGUUCUUGUGAAUCGUUUACUUGCUAUAUCGGAUACAGAUAAUGCACUCGAUUUAGCAAAUCCAGUUUUUAAAUUGCUUUGGAAAUUAAUAAGAGAAGAUGGUGAACUUCUUCCUGAUGAAUCCACUAGACCAUCACACAAGAGUCGUUUGCGAUUAGCCGCUGUUCGUUCCGUAUUGAAACUAGCAAGGAAAACGAUUUACGACACAAUGAUUUCUAUUACGGAAUUUCAAAAACUAGCACUAAUGAUACAAGAUACAUGUUACAAUGUUCGUUUUGCGUUCGCUUCGCAGCUGAUUAAAUAUUGUGGCAAACAUCAGCUUACCACGCGAUUUUUGACUAUAUUCUUUUUAAUCGCACAUGAUCCAGAUGUAACAAUUCGUGAAAUGGUCAAAGCUUUUCUAACGAGAUAUUCUCUUGCAUCAAGAACGAUUCGUGACAAAUCUAUGCAUUUGGAAAUGUCUCUAGCUCAACUUAUUCACCUUCUUUCCCAUCAUCCUGAAUUUUCCCGUGAACCAAAUACUCUAAACGAAUUUGUUGUAUAUAUUGAUUUUUACUUGGAUACAAUUGCGAACGCAGAAAAUGUGUCUCUAUUAUCAUACAUAGUUGGUCGAUUAAAACAAGUUCGUGAUGUGCAUUCCUCGGAUCAAUGCGAG